CCGCGGGCGCCUUCGGAUCGAUUACUGUCCACGCUCCCUCCACGCGCCCUCCGCCCGCCGCCACUCAGAGCCGCGCGCACUCUCCUGUUCUCCCUGCGGUCCGGACACAUAGUAUGACCAUUAGGUGUUUCGUCUCCCAGCCAUUUUCUAUGGAAAACCAAGGGAAUCGGGCCAUGAUAGCCACUGGCAGCUUUGAAGAAUGGGACGCCUUUAGAGAAGCUUGAUCUUGCAGGCCUCGGCGUGAGACCUUACAAAGCCGGACUCCGGCAGAGUUCCUCUAUCUCGUCUUGUUGCUGAUUGAGGGUGCCCAUUUCUCCAACUUUUCUCCAUCUCCUGGGAGGUAGCAGGAAAUCAGCAUCAUGGUUGGGUUCAAGGCUACAGAUGUACCCCCUACUGCCACUGUCAAGUUCCUAGGGGCUGGCACAGCCGCCUGCAUUGCAGAUCUCAUCACCUUUCCCCUGGAUACUGCUAAAGUCCGGCUGCAGAUCCAAGGAGAAAGUCAGGGGCCAGUGCGCACUGCGGCCGGUGCCCAGUACCGUGGUGUGUUGGGCACCAUCCUCACCAUGGUGCGCACUGAGGGGCCCCGCAGCCUCUAUAAUGGGCUGGUUGCUGGCCUGCAGCGCCAGAUGAGCUUUGCCUCUGUCCGCAUCGGCCUCUAUGACUCUGUCAAGCAGUUCUACACCAAGGGCUCUGAGCAUGCCAGCAUUUGGAGCCGCCUCCUAGCAGGCAGCACCACGGGUGCCCUAGCUGUGGCUGUGGCUCAGCCCACGGAUGUGGUAAAGGUCCGGUUCCAAGCCCAGGCCCGGGCUGGAGGUGGUCGGAGAUACCAAAGCACUGUCAAUGCCUACAAGACCAUCGCCCGAGAGGAAGGGUUCUGGGGACUCUGGAAAGGGACCUCUCCCAAUGUUGCUCGUAAUGCCAUUGUGAAUUGUGCUGAGCUGGUGACCUAUGAUCUCAUCAAGGACGCUCUCCUGAAGGCCAACCUUAUGACAGAUGACCUCCCUUGCCACUUCACUUCCGCCUUUGGGGCGGGCUUCUGCACCACUGUCAUCGCCUCCCCUGUCGACGUGGUCAAGACGAGAUACAUGAACUCUGCCCUAGGCCAGUACACCAGCGCAGGCCACUGUGCCCUUACCAUGCUUCAGAAGGAGGGGCCCCGAGCCUUCUACAAAGGGUUCAUGCCCUCCUUUCUCCGCUUGGGUUCCUGGAACGUGGUGAUGUUUGUCACCUAUGAGCAGCUGAAACGAGCCCUCACAGCUGCCUGCGCUUCCCAGGAGGCUCCCUUUUGAGCCUCUGCCGCUGCUGACCUGAUCACCUCUGGCUUUGGCUCCAGCUCCAGCCAGGCCCUGCUUCCCUUUUCCUCCUUCCAUCUUUCCCUUCCCUCUUUCUCCACCUCUUCCCUUCACUCCUUUUCCUACUACCUCCCUUUCCUCUCACCACAUUCUCACCUCCUCCCUACCUCAUCUCCCCAUUGUCUCAGUGCUGGUGGAGCUGACCCCAUUUGAUAGCAUGGAAGGAUCCUAAAACCUCAGUCCCUUAAAAAAAUUCAGCCCUAAUAUUUGUCCUGCCCCCCAGCCCAGCCUGCA